UCCUUUAAACUCCUAGGAUUUCUUGAUGUUAAAAGUGUCCCAUGUGCGCGAGAAUCGGUGCUCUAUGGCUCCUUGGGAUCUUUAGUUCUGGGUCUUGGACAUUUUUUAGCAACUAGUAGAGUUAGGAGAUCUUGUGACUUUGCAGUCGGUGGCUUUAUUUGCACAAUGCUAGGAUACUGGUUUUACUGCAGGUACAAUUUGGCCCAACACAGGAUCCGGCAAAGAAUGCUUAAAGAAGGAAUGAGAAACAAAAUUUUAUUUGAAGGCAGUUCUUUUGAUCCAGAAAGAAAACAAACUGGCAAUGAAAGAAGCGAUUCAUAGUCUGCUAUAGAGGAAUCUGUGCUCGAAUACAGCUUUGGGAGAAGGUGGUCCUAAAAUGGCAGUCUUCCCUGUAAAUGUGUGAGGUGCCAAAACCUGAUAAAUCAUGCUGGUUUUCCUAGCAAAUCCAAGUAAGAAAUUCAUAGUGAAUCUGUUAAGUCAGUAUACAAGCCUUUCUUUGUUUCGUAUGUGUAUGUGUAUGACUAUGUACACAGUUAGGAAUGACC